AUGAGGGAGCCGUGCGUGGCCGCGGCAGGACGUUCGCAAAGCCGGGACGUCAUGGCUGUUCAUCUGCUCUUCUGGGAGCUGGAGAACCACCUCAAGAGCCCCAAGGAUGCUGCAUACACGCUGAGAAUCACAACCAAUCAGUGUAGGCCUCGCGAAGACAGACAGCGCUCGCCUCUGUCCCGGGAGCUGCACUAUGGUCUGCGCCUCUGUCCUCUGCCCCCCUGGCCGCUCGCAGGGCUCCCGCACUGGGCUCAUGGAUCUGCAUGGGCUCGGAGAGGCAUGAACACACACUGCUACUCUGUGGCGAUGGACCUUGGCGUUUGUCACCUGCGGAAUCUGUCCAUAUCGUUUCUGUCCUCUGUGCUGGGGAGGGAGAGCGCGUCCGUACGUCUCGAUAGUUCUUCGGGAACGAGUGUGGUGGCAAUAGACAACAAGAUUGAACAAGCCAUGGACCUGGUGAAGAGCCACCUGAUGUACGCGGUGCGAGAGGAGGUGGAGGUGCUGAAGGAGCAGAUCAAAGAGCUGAUCGAGCGCAACUCUCUGCUGGAGCAGGAGAACACGCUGCUGAAGACCCUGGCCAGCCCCGAGCAGAUGGCCCAGUUCCAGGCCCAGCCGGGACCCAGGCCGCACUGCCGCCAUCACAGAACUCGAGCAUGUCGGCGUGACGUGGAUCACUUUCGCCAGUGCUGGAUCCGAGAGCCGAAGAAUAGCCGUACUGUGAAGAGAUCCCGACGCCAACGCUGA